UUCGCGACAGAGAACCCACGUCCAUGCUCUGACUCGACGUAGUGUGCCCUCUGCGUUCACAGAGAGAUUCUUCAGCAGUGAGUGUUCAGCUGAGCUGGAGAACGGUGUUUGGUGAAGGCAGUCUGCCUCUCGGGAAAAGCGCGGCUCAAACUUUUCACGCUGCGAUCUUGACUUCCACAAAGCUUUCUCUUUAUGAAACGUAUUUUAUUGAAGCGGGAUACAUUUUAAUGAACAACUCUGGUAAAUAUAUUUACUGUCAUGGAGCGACGUGGGUUUUCCUUACUUUGCUGGGGCACGAUACCUUUCCUGUUUAUAUCCGUUCUGGAACCGAGCGGAGUCGAUGGGAUGUUCCAGCCGUCCUUCAGUCUCAACAAGUUGUGUAAGUUCUGUGACGUGGAGUCUUCAUCCUGCAACGGAACAGGAAGCUGCCUCUCAAACUGCUCCAUCACCUCCAUCUGUCGUCUGGAGCAGGAAGUCUGCGUCGCCAUCUGGAGGAAGAAUGACAGUAACUACAGCAUCGAGACUCUGUGUCAUGACCCCUCCAAGCCUCUGUACGGCGUCGAGCUGGAUGACUACAACAGCUCUACGUGUACCAUGAAAGAGAAGAAGAGCUCUGGCGGACCGUUGUUCAUCUGCUCCUGUACUGAGGAGGAGUGUAACGAUAACCUGGCCUUCGCUCCCGUGGUCGGCCCGACAAUCGAGCCCCCGGUGGUAUCGAUCGUCCUGAUCAGCCUGUUGCCCUUACUGGUCCUAGUGGUAGUAGUCAUCACUAUGUUCUAUUGGUACCGGGUCCAACGCCAUCGCAAACUCAGCCAGAAACAAUGGGACAGCAAGAAGUCCAAACGCAAAGGUCUGGACUGCAGCAUCAUGAUGGACGACGAUGGAUCAGACAGCAGCUCAACGCACGCCAACAACCUCAACCACAACACUGAACCCCUACCCAUCGAGCUGGACCUGCAGGUGGGUAAGGGGCGCUUCGCUGAGGUGUUCAAGGCCAAGCUGAGGCAGCCCGGCUCCUCGUCUGACCAGUAUGAGACGGUGGCCGUGAAGAUCUUCCCUGAGGAAGAGUACGCAUCGUGGAAGAACGAGAAGGACAUCUUCUCUGACAUCGACCUUCGCCACGACAACGUCCUCCACUUCCUCACAGCAGAGGAGAGAAAGAUGUCGAAGCAGUACUGGCUGAUCACAGCCUUCCACCCCCGAGGAAACCUUCAGGAGUACCUGACCCGUAACCUGGUCUCCUGGGAGGAUCUACGGGGUCUGGGCGGGUCCCUGGCCUGCGGGGUGGCACACCUUCACAGUGACCACACGGCCUGCGGGCGACCCAAAGUGCCCAUCGUACACCGCGACCUGAAGAGCUCUAACAUCCUGGUGAAGCAGGAUCUGACCUGUUGUCUGUGUGACUUUGGACUGGGGCUCAGACUGGAUAACACCAUGACAGUGGAUGAUCUCGCAAACAGCGGACAGGUGGGCACAGCCAGGUACAUGGCUCCUGAAGUGUUGGAGUCCAGGCUGAACCUGGAGAACAUUGAGUCGUUCAAGCAGACAGAUGUUUAUUCUAUGGCUCUGGUGUUGUGGGAGAUCACCUCCCGCUGUCAUGCCAUCGGAGAGGUGAAGGACUAUGAACCUCCAUAUGGCUGUAAAGUUCAGAUGCAUCCUGGUGUGGAGAGCAUGAAGGAUCACCUCCUCAGAGACAGAGGAAGACCUGAGAUCCCAGACAGCUGGAUCAACCACCAGGGCAUAGCCAUAGUGUGCGGCUCCAUAGAGGAGUGUUGGGACCACGACCCGGAGGCCAGGCUCACAGCCCAGUGCGUGGCCGAACGCUUCAGCGAGAUAGAAGACGAGAUGGAGAAACUGUCCAGCCGCAGCAGCUCCGACGAGAAGAUACCAGCGGAGGAACAGAAGAUACCGACAAGACCCGAAGAAGAACGACAGACGAUAGUAGCAGAACGGAUAGAAGAGAUCAAAGUAGCGGUGGAGAGCUCUGUGAGCGAUGAGAAGUGAGGGAAGGGAGAGAGGACAUGGAACCCAGGACUAGAAUGUCAGUAUGUCACAAACACACCACUCACGUUGUUAUGGGAACUAAACAGCCAUACCCAAACAAACAGCCCACACCUGGAAGAUAGCCAGGACAGUGAAUGUACUGUAUUACUGUACUGUACUGCUUAUACUCUUCAGUAUUGUAUUACCAGAAUGCAUACAGUAUUUAUACUGUAUAAAAUAAGUAUGUACAGUUUACAGUAUUUGGAUGUACUGUACUGUAUUAUAUUGGAGGUUUACCCACUGAAGAGGACAGGACAUGACAAUGGAAGAGAUUAUAACCAAAGACUGAGAUUACAGGACAUGACAAUGGAAGAGUUUAUAACCAAAGACUGAGAUUACAGGACAUGACAUUGGAAGAGUUUAUAACCAAAGACUGAGAUUACAGGACAUGACAAUGGAAGAGAUUAUAACCGAAAACUGAGAUUACAGGACAUGACAUUGGAAGAGAUUAUAACCAAAGACUGAGAUUACAGGACAUGACAUUGGAAGAGAUUAUAACCAAAGACUGAGAUUACAGGACACGACAUUGGAAGAGUUUAUAACCAAAGACUGAGAUUACAGGACAUGACAAUGGAAGAGAUUAUAACCGAAAACUGAGAUUACAGGACAUGACAUUGGAAGAGUUUAUAACCAAAGACUGAGAUUACAGGACAUGACAAUGGAAGAGAUUAUAACCAAAGACUGAGAUUACAGGACAUGACAUUGGAAGAGUUUAUAACCAAAGACUAUUCUAACAUGUGGGGGGAGUGGGGUAAUGUAUUCUAGAAUGUUGAGGGAGUUGGGUAAUGUUCCUGUAUUCUAACAUGUGGGGGGAGUAGGGUAAUGUAUUCUAGAAUGUUGAGGGAGUUGGGUAAUGUUCCUGUAUUCUAACAUGUGGGGGAGUAGGGUAAUGUAUUCUAGAAUGUUGAGGGAGUUGGGUAAUGUUCCUGUAUUCUAACAUGUGGGGGAGUAGGGUAAUGUAUUCUAGAAUGUUGAGGGAGUUGGGUAAUGUUCCUGUAUUCUAACAUGUUGGGGGAGUAGGGUAAUGUAUUCUAACAUGUUGGGGGAGUGGGGUAAUGUAUUCUAACAUGUUGGGGGAGUGGGGUAAUGUAUUCUAACAUGUUGGGGGAGUGGGGUAAUGUUCCUGUGUUCUAACAUGUGGGGUAAUGAAUUGACAGUCUGUGUAAUAAUGUAAUAAUGAGCCAUAUUGAAAUGAUAACAGAAAUGAUGAUGACGUGGAGCUCUAUUCUCACAAGGAUUGUAUGUACAGUGUGUGUGUGUGUGUGUGUGUGUCUGCAUUUGUGCGUGUGUUUUUUACAUGGUAAUAGUUUUUACUUGUUAGCCAAAUAAACAAGCACAUUGUAAAUAUAUAUGGAAUGUAGCUGUACAGAAAAUAAUCUCCCCUCUAGAUGUUGUUGUGGAAACAGAGGAGCAUUUCACACACUCUGUCUAAAUAACACAUUUAACAGGAUCUAGACAAAGAUAUUUUAUCCUUUGUAUUUGUAAGAUAUUGUACAUCUGUUUUAAGAAUAAAGUAUUUCUGUAUUUACUCAUAA